UUUUUUUUUUGUUUUUGUAUUUAUUAUUAUUAUUAAAUCAUCAUCAUAAAUGUCUGCUGCACCUACUACUUUUCAUGGUUGGGCCUGUCACGGCAAAGGCCAAGAGAUGGUUUGGGAAGAAUUACCUCUUCGUGCUGAAGAUGACUACAGUGUAGAUAUGGACGUUACUCAUUGUGGUAUCUGUGGAUCUGAUGUUCAUACAAUGGAAGCACAUUGGGGUCAACCCAAUUAUCCUGUUUGUGUAGGCCACGAAAUUACAGGUGUUUGUACUCGUGUUGGUAAAAAAGUAACGAAUGUGAAGGUGGGUGAUCGUAUUGGUGUAGGUGCUCAAUCCGGAUCUUGUCAUGAAUGUGGCCCCUGUAAGUCCGGUUUUGAGAACCUUUGUCGUGGUGGUCGAGGUCGCUAUACAGGCACCUACAAUAGCUUUUGGCCUAAUGGUGAUAAAUCCUUUGGUGGUUAUGCUACCAAAUGGCGUGGUGAUUGUCGUUUUGUUUUCAAGAUCCCUGAUAACAUGACAAACGAAAUCGCUUGUACUUUCUUCUGUGCUGGUGUCACUACCUAUGCCCCUCUUAAGCGUCAUCAUGUCGGUCCUGAUUCAGUUGUUGGUGUGAUGGGUGUUGGUGGUUUAGGUCAUUAUGGUAUUAUGUGGGCAAAGGCAAUGGGUGCGAAGGUGAUUGCCAUGUCUCAUAGUGACAAGAAGCGUGAUGUGGCUAAAGAAUUAGGUGCUGAUGACUAUAUUGUCACUAGUAAUCCUGAAGAGAUGGACAAGGCCAAGGGUCAAUUUACUCAUAUCCUUUGUACGGGUACUGGACGUGAUUUCAAAUGGGAAACAUAUACUGCACUUUUUAAACCCAAUGGUAUCUUUAUUAAUGUCGGUCUUCCUGAAUGGAACUUCCCUGAAGUAAACCCAAUGACUCUGGCCAUGAGUCAAGUCAAUAUCUGUGGUUCUGCUAUUGGUUCUCCAAAUGAAAUUGAAGAUAUGCUCAAGUUUGCUGCUGAAAAGAAUGUUCGUCCUUGGAUCAAAAAGUAUCCUAUGAAGGAAGCUCCCAAAGCUAUUGAAGAUUUCAAAGCUGGUUUACCUCGUUUUAGAUUUGUCUUGGAAAACUAAGCAUCUGUUGUUUAUAGACUCUUUUUUUUUUUGGAAAUAAAUAUGUAUAAAUAUAUAUAAAUAUAA